UGUUUAGUAAUUUCAUUCCAUGCUUGGGUGUUGUAUUCACUUAUUAUACUUAGUCAUGCAUGACAGUAAUGUUCAUCAAUGCCAAAAGUCAACAGAGAAACUUGAAAGACUUAAGCAAAAAAACAAUGCUAUUUUCUACUAUGUGAGGAUUCAGAAAAACCUAGGUAAUCUUAAACUUCAUCAUAAAAUAAAAAAAACUAUAGUGCAUUCGAAAGUAGACACUUUGCUCUAUCUAACAAGAUAUAAAUCACAAAAUUGACUUUUGCUGAGGAAGUGGUCCUUGAGACUAUUAUCCCUUCUCUUUUGUAUCACUUUUAGUUCUGUACGAGAGUACAACUGAACGGGCUCAAAUUUUUACUACAGCUAGAUUAUCAAAAAUGAUGGAACUAAUGUUCGAAGAAAAAAUUUUAGAAGCAGAUUUCCAAAAAUUAUCGAGUCUGCUCAUGACCUCAGUCUUUCUUUAUUCGAUCGGACUGAAAUUUUUUCUGUAGGUACUUGAAACAAAGUCUCACGAGGGUAGUCUUUGAAAGAAUUCCUUCGUAACUUUCAGGUACCUUCAACAAUAAUUUCAGUCCGACCAAAAAAAAAGUAAAAAUGAGACCUGAUAAUUUUUGAAAAUCUACUUUUGAAAUUUUUUUGUUUGAAUAUGACUCUCAUCAUUCUCGAUAACCUAUCUAUAGUAAAAAUUUGAGUCCGAUCGGUUGUACUCUUAAAUAGAUAAACAUUAAUCUUUACAUUAAAAUUUAUUUCAAAUGAAUCUAUUCCUAUUAACAAAUCUUUCAUUUUCUUCUUCUUCUUCUUUGUUCAUAGAUAAUCAAGAUAUGGAUCAAUUAUUUUUAACACGCGAUAAAUUAUUAGCUCAAUUAAAUGAAAUAUCUAAUACUGGUGAUAAUGAUGAAGAUUUAUCAUCUUCACAUGAUAAACAAUCAUUAUCAAAAAAUUAUUCGAAUGAAACAAAACCAACUAAUUCUCAAGAUGAUGAAGGUGAAGAAGGUGAAAUAAGUGAAAGUGACUAA